GUCCUGAAACUCUGGAAAAUUUUUUUGGAAGUUCAGAUGGUGUUUUGAGGCCUUGGUGGCUGCUGGGAGGCACCAACAUGGAGCAGAAGACAAAAGGGUGCGCGAUACCUGCUUCUGCAGUGCCGGUGCAGGGGAGCAGCUCAUCACCAUCAGCUCUCCCCAGCGCACCUUAGCGUGAAGAUCAUGGCCACAGAGGAGGCGUGGACGUGUCCCGUCUGCCGCGAGGGGCGAAAGGACGUGGCGUACGCGACACCAUGUAACCACCAGUUCUGCCUGGGCUGCAUCCAGCGCUGGGCAAAACUGAAGGCGAGCUGCCCACUCUGCAGGACGGGCAUGAGGACCAUCAAGGUUUCCGUGCGCGGAGAGGAAGACUACCUAGAAUGCAUCGUCUCCCCUCCCGCAGUGCCCGUACCUAUUGGCUUCCAGGCAGGCAGCGCCACCGCCCCCCACAGCCCUGCAGCGCUGGCUCCGUCCUCUGUGCCAGCCGAGGAGAGGGUUGCGGAGCCCGAUAGCCGGGCUGCUGUGGGCGGCCUCCUGCCCGAGGACUGGGCCAUGCUGUUCAGGGAGCGCAGGGACAUCCUCAACCCUGUGCUGCCCUGGCUUCGCCGGGAGCUCUCAGCCAUCUAUGGGACACGCUGGUGGCAGGCGAGAGCUGCAGAGAGCUUCCUCCUGCACUCCCUGUGUGUGAUGGGGCUGGACAGGGACGCCAUGAUUCAUCACACACAGCCCGGCUUGGGGCCCCUCACCGUGCCGCUCAUCGACGGGCUCGUCGGCACCAUCGUGGGUCUCUGCGGCCAGGAGGCACGGAGGCUGCUGGGCCUCGAGAGCAGCCGCGCUGCCAGGGCUCAGGAGGCCAGACCUGCAGCUGCUUCUGGGCACGCUGCUCCAGCACAGGGAGCCUUCAGUACCAGCCCCGCGCCCUCCAGCAGCUCUGCAGACCCUGACACGGAGGAGAUCCCCGGCACAUCCAGCAUGCUCCAGCCUGGGGGUCCUGGCGAAGUCCCAGCUGCAGACAGCCCCAGGGAGCAGGAAGAGCCCCGUGAAGAGCUGGGGCAGGAGGCAGCAGCAGGUCCCUCUGCCCGGGCCUGCAGGCGCAGCCCCUCCACUCCUCACCGCUCGACUCGGGGGUCCCGGCGCCCCAGGAAGCGCACCCGCGCGGGCAGUGCCCAAGACUCUCCCCAGCCCUGCAAGAGGCCGCCCCCCCGGCGCCUCUAG